AUGCACACCCAUCUACAGCACCUGGUCGUGAAAUUUUCCAAUAAUACAGGAGGUAUGAACGUACAGCCGGCCAAACUGGAAGUUGACGGUAAACCAAUUUUCCUGAAACGACGUGUAAUUCCCUACGGUCAACGUGAUGGUGUGCUACAGACCAUUGAGAAAAUGGAGCGCGAUGGCCUAAUCACACGAGUCACAUUUAUCAGACGCAAAAGAAAGCACUAG